GCACGCGCACGCAGCCUCUCUCUCUCUCUCCCACCAUUUCCACUCCACCACCACCCCACCUCCUCAGUCCUCACCCGUGCGCGCCGCACUGCUCUGCUGUACUGCUGUGUAGCAUACGCGGCGACGCCGCAAGCCCAAACCCUAGCCAGCCUCGCGUGGGUCCCGUCCCCGUCCCCGCCCCUGCUCCAUCCGGCGGCAAUGGUGGCGGGCGGUGAUGCGUGAGGGCGCGCGCCAUGGGAAAGGCGGCCGGGGGGCAGCGGGAGCAGCCGCCGGGGGCGGCGGCGGAGGUAGAAGGAGAAGGAAGAAGAAGAGGAAGAAGCUGUAGCAGCUGCCGCAGGUCCGUGCGGCCGCAAUGCGUGGCCGCGCUCCUUCUCGGCGCCGCCGUGCUCCUCUCCGCCCUGUUCUGGCUGCCGCCCUUCGCCGGGCGCGACCGCGGCCGCCGAGCAGGGCCGCCGGAUCCCCCAGCGGACGCGCUCGCAGCUGAUAUAGUGGCAAGCUUUAUGCUACAAAAGACGGUUUCCGAGUUGAAUGAAAGUAUACCUAAGCUUGAGUUUGACAUCUAUGAGGAAAUUGGCAUCCCUAACUCUACUGUUGCUGUAAAUUUUCUACAACCAUCAGGUGCAUCAAACUGGACAAAUGUCAUCUUCAGCGUUGUGCCUUAUCCAAAAUACUCAACUAUGUCAUCAACAUGGCUGAGCAUUCUUAGGUCUCAUUUCAUGUCCUUGGUUGUACAGCAGUCAACACUCCAAUUGACAGAGUCGCUGUUUGGGAACUCAUCAUUCUUCGAGGUGCUUAAGUUCCCUGGAGGAAUAACCAUUAUCCCUCCGCAAGCUGCUUUUCUUGUGCAGAAGCCUUAUGCAUCUUUCAACUUCACUCUGAAUUUCUCAAUCGACAAGGUACAGGAUAAAACAAAUGAGUUAAAAGACCAAAUGAGGGCAGGACUACUUCUCGAUACCAAUGAGAUCCUCUAUAUCAAAUUGACAAAUUUGGAAGGUUCGACGGUUGCUCCUCCAACAGUUGUUCGGUCUUCCAUUAUUCUAGAAGUUGGGAAUCACCAGCCUUCCCCUCCAAGAAUGAAGCAGUUGGCACAAACGAUUGCUAAUUCAUCUUCAGGAAACUUGGGACUAAAUCACACUGUAUUUGGCAAAGUAAAGCAGCUAAGUCUUUCGUCGUAUCUGCGGCAUUCUUUGCACAGCGGGAGUGAUAGUGAUGCACCAAGCCCCGCACCCAUGACUCAUGAAGAUCAUCGCCGUCACCACCACCACCACCAUCAUCAUCACCACCACCACCACCACCACCAUCACCACCACCAUAGCCACCACCGUAGUCAUGAAGUAAUUAGGCAGUUGCCUCCAUCUCCUGCACCUGUACAUCCUCCUGUGGAACAGCCCAAAUAUAGGUCUCCAUCCCCAUCUGGUUAUUCAUAUGGAUACACCAAUAAGCCAAAAAAUAAGGCUCCUGUGGCCCCAGCGGCUGAGCCAGUAGUUAGGAAUCAUCAUUAUGCUUCCCCUCCCACCAUGCCUCAUGCAGUGUCACCAUCUUCUGUCAGUCCAUCACCUUCUGCUCGUCACCCUACAAAUAUUCCCAACAGGCACCAUAGUUCCCCUGCUCCAUCUCCAGCAAAUGUGAAGCCCCCGCUGCAUACAGUGUCUCUCGCUCAUGCACAUCAUCCUGCCCAAGUGCCAGCUGUGGCCCCUGCUCCCAGCACAUCAUUUGCCACCCGAAGGCAUUCCUGUCAAUGGGCACUUGCAAUCCUGUUGUGUUUGCUGGCGGGUCUACCAUGACAGAGCUAAGCUAGCAUGCUGAAGGCGGUCCAAAAUAAAAUAAAAUAAAAGGCCUUCAAGAGCUAGCAUGCUGUUUUCAGGAGGUCGCACUAGGCGUGAAAAACUGCGCACCCUAUGAGCAGGGGGCGUUUGUUAUAGCAUGUAAAUACUGGUGUCGGGGUAUGAGGCAGGCAGGCAACUGGGCAUCUCUGUGUAUAGUGGUCAAAGCCAGAGGCGGCGGGCCCUUCAGUGUCGUUGCACAUGUUUUGCCCAGUCUUGCUGUGCAGUGGUGAACAAAAGAUGAUGGAAUCCAGUAUAAAAGUUUAUACUGUU